AUGCCGGCUUUGCUGCGGAAACUGGUUAUUGUCGCCGCCGUCGACGGCCUGGUCCUCUGUGCACAAGGCGCCAAUGGAUCGCGCUAUAAUAGCGCAAGCAACAAUGAGGCCUCGUCCAUUCGCAUUGACUACAAGACGAACCGCAUCACCGCGCUGCCGGCGUCGGCUCCGGAGCUGCUCGAGGGAAGGGAUAGUGGCCUAGAGGCCUACGGACUGGUGGGCCUCUUAUCCGUCGCGUCUUACUCGUUCCUCGUCUCCAUCACCCAGCGCCAGCAGGUCGCGCAAAUCCAGGGCCGCCCCAUCUACGCCGUGACGAAUGUCGCUAUAAUUCCCGUCUCGUCUCAAGCCGACGCAACCCGCGCGAUCUCCCAGGCCCGCAAGGAUGUCGCACAAGAUGACGGCGGGCUCGACGAGUCCGCCUCCGAGGAGGAGGAUAUCCCCGACGACAACGGGACCGACGAGGCCGCCACCGAAAUCAACAGCGCACCGGCAUCUCCCAACCGCGAGACAUUUCACCACGCCCGCGACGCCAGCGUGAAUAGUAUCGCCGAAGAUGUAAUCGGGAAGAAAGUGGGGUUUGGCCGCUUCGCUGCGAACUGGUUGUCGCGCAAGAAUUUGGGCCUGCCCACCAGGCCUGCGGCGCUGAAAGAGGAGAUUCCGGAGUCGCCGUUUGGUGAUAAUCCCAGUCCUUCGGAACAGUGUGCUAAGGAUGAAGAAGCCACGGAGGCGCCUGUGCCUGAAGACGCUAAUCCGCCUCAGGUGGAGAAUAAAAACCAAAGCCCCCAACAGCAUACGCAGAAGGCGGAUCUGCUGCCGAAGUUGCUGCGGUAUACGAAGUUGAUAUUUGCAUCUCAUAGCUUCUUUUUUGCAUAUGACUAUGAUAUCACAAGGUCGUUUGGCGGUCAGGAAGCGCGGAAUGAGCAUCUGCCGCUUCACAAGGUUGUGGAUCCAUUGUACUUUUGGAACAGACAUUUAAUGUCCACGUUUAUUGAUAAUGGCGCUCACGGAUUCAUCUUGCCAUUAAUGCAAGGAUUCGUUGGCCAGCGCGAGUUCACAGUUGCCAGGCCCAGUCCAAAGGAAACCUCAACCGAGGACACACCCACUGAAGCACUGGUUUUGGGUGAGAAGCACGAGGUGGAAAAUGUCAAAACAGAUGCUCGCAAGCAGGAUUUUCUUCUUACUCUGAUCUCUCGACGAUCUGUCAACCGACCCGGACUGCGGUAUCUGCGACGUGGCGUAGAUGAUGAAGGCAAUACGGCCAACACAGUGGAGACAGAGCAGAUCCUUUCGGUGCCUGACUGGGACGCUUCCCGUGAGGUGUACUCCUAUUUGCAAAUGCGCGGGUCGAUCCCAUUGUACUUCUCCCAGUCUCCAUACUCGUUAAAGCCUAUCCCGGUCAUGCAUCACUCGGCAGAUACCAAUCAGCUGGCGUUUGGGAGACACUUCCGAGAGCUCAGUCGGCGAUAUGGGAAGAUCCAAGCGGUCUCGCUCAUAGACAAACAAGCUGGCGAACUGAAACUUGGUGAACAAUAUGAAAGAUACACGGACGGUUUCAACAAAGCUGGCGGGAUCGAUGGCACUCCCUUGCGUUUGGAGUGGUUUGACUUCCACAACGAGUGUCGCGGGAUGAAAUUCGAGAACGUGAAACGGUUGGUGGACCGGUUGGGGGAUACAUUGGCUGAAUUUGGCUACGCCAUAGUCAAAGAUAACACACUACUUCACUCGCAAUCGGGGAUCGUGCGGACUAACUGUAUGGAUUGUCUCGACCGGACGGGAGUUGCGCAAUGUGCUUUUGGGCAGUGGGCCCUCGAGCACCAGUUACAGAACGAGGGCAUGCACAUUGAUCUGGGAGGGGAUUCGUCCACACAGUGGUUCAAUACCCUCUGGGCGGAUAACGGGGAUGCUAUUUCCAAACAGUACUCAUCCACCGCGGCGCUGAAGGGAGACUACACUCGCACCCGGAAACGAAACUAUCGCGGCGCCCUCAACGAUCUAGGGCUGACACUCUCCCGGUACUACAACAACAUCGUCAACGACUAUUUCUCCCAAGCCUGUAUCGACUACCUGCUGGGUAAUGUCUCGACGCAUGUCUUCGACGAGUUUGCCAUGGAGCUACAGACCACCGACCCCGGCAUCUCCGUGCAGAAACUCCGCCAAAACGCCAUCGACACCAGCUGCAACAUUGUGAUCAGCGACCCAUCCGAAGAGUUCCUGGGCGGAUGGACGAUGCUAACCCCCGCCAAACGAACACGCUACGAACCCUCCCUUUCGAAGAAUCGCUGUCGCUUCGACUGGGAAACUGACAAAGUGCUUUCCUUCGAACGGAUCGAUCUGCGCUCCAUCUCCCGCAUUCACUACGGCACCUACAUCACCUCCAUCCUAACAGACAGCCAAGCAGACGAGCGCAGGAACGUCGGUCUGGUAGUCGUGUACCGCGACGGCGACGAGAACCUACUGAGAGUCAACACCCGCUCCUUGCAGAGCAGUGUCCGUCCCGCCACGCUGGACGCUGCCUCCAACAAAAACGAAUGGGACCUUGUCUCGUGGCUGCGCGGCACCAAACGCGCCACGACCCGCCUCCUGGCUUUCAAGAGCCUCCCGCUGUCCAACUCGGUGACGAGUCCCCGUCUCGGUGCCGUUCCGCCCGCGGGGAAUGUCCGUGAGCUCGAUCGCGUGCGUUCCAUUUGUCAGGAUAUUGAGCGCGCUAUGCUUGCAGGCGAGGGUCGUCAUGAUGAGUCUUCGUCUGUGAUCGAGCAGCUAGAUAUCAUCUCGCUGGCGGAUGCGAAGAAACGCACGGGGAUCUUGGAAUAUCUGGUAUAUGAUAUCAAGAAGAUGGUCUGGGCGUAG